GUUCUGACGAUGGAUGCUGUGAAUCGCGCUCUGGCAAGCUUUGAAGUUGCGGCAUGGAUGUAGUGACCUAUGCUGAUGUGUAUGUAAACUUCACUCAAGAAGAAUGGAUUUUGCUGAAUCCUUCACAGAAGAAUCUCUACAAAGAUGUCAUGCUGGAGACCUACGAGAACCUCACUGCUAUAGGUUAUAAUUGGAAAGAGCAUAAUAUUGAAGAACAUUGUCAAAGUUGCAGAAGACAUGGAAGGAAUGAAAGAAGUUCAACUGAAGAGAAACCCUAUGAAUAUACUCAGUGUGGUAAAGCCUUUGCAUGUCGCAGUUAUCCUCAAAGGUAUGAAAGAAUUCAUACUGGAGAGAAACCCAGUGAAGGUAUUCAAUAUGGUGAAUCCUUUGCACAUCACAGUAGUCUACAAAUUUGUAAGAUAAUUCAUACUGGAGAGAAACCCUACAAAUGCAAUCAAUGUGGUAAAGCCUUUGCACGACACAGUUACCUCCAAAUGCAUAAAAUAACACAUUCUGGAGAGAAAAUCUACAAAUGUAAUCAGUGUGGUAAAGCCUUUGCAUAUCGUGGUUAUCUCCAAGUACAUAAAAGAACACAUACUGGAGAAAAACCCUAUGAAUGUAAUCAAUGUGGCAAAGCCUUUGCAUAUCCUGGUCAUCUUCAAAGACAUGAAAGAAUUCAUACCGGAGAGAAACCUUACAAAUGUAGUGAUUGUGGUAAAGCCUUUGCAUUUAACACUAAUCUCCGAGUACAUAAAGCAACACAUACUGGAGAGAAACCCUAUGAAUGUAAGCAAUGCAGUAAAUCCUUUGCCUCUCAUGGUCAACUUCAAUAUCAUGAAAGAAUUCAUACCGGAGAGAAACCCUACAAAUGUAAUCAGUGUGAUAAAGCCUAUGCACGACACAGUCAUCUCCAAAUACAUAAAACAACACAUACUGGAGAGAAAACUUACAAAUGUAAUCAAUGUGGCAAAGCCUUUGCAUAUCAUAGUUAUCUCCAAGUACAUAAAAGAACACAUACUGGAGAGAAACCCUAUGAAUGUGAUCAAUGUGGUAAAGCCUUUGUAUGUCCUGGUCAUCUUCACAGACACAAAAGAACACAUACCGGAGAGAAACCCUAUGCAUGUAAUCAAUGUGGUAAAGCCUUUACAUAUCAUGGUCAUCUUCAAAUACAUAAAAGAACACAUACUGGAGAGAAACCCUAUGAAUGUAAUCAAUGUGGUAAGGCCUUUGCAUAUCCUGGUUAUCUUCAAGUACAUAAAAGAACGCAUACCGGAGAGAAACCCUAUGAAUGUGAUCAAUGUGGUAAAGCCUUUGCACAUCAUGGUUAUCUCCAAGUACAUAAAAGAACGCAUACCGGAGAGAAACCUUAUGAAUGUGAUCAGUGUGGUAAGGCCUUUGCAUCUCAUGGUUAUCUUCAAGUACAUAAAAGAACACAUACCAGAGAGAAACCCUAUGAAUGUGAUCAAUGUGGUAAAGCCUUUGCAGGUCAGAAUGUUCUUAAAAGACAUAAAAGAAUUCAUACUGGAGAGAAACCUUACAAAUGUAAUGAAUGUGGUAAAACCUUUGCAUUUAACAAUAAGCUCCAAAUACAUAAAACAACACAUACUGGAGAGAAACCCUAUGAAUGUAAGCUAUGUAGUAAAUCCUUUGCCUCUCAUGGUCAACUUCAAUAUCAUGAAAGAAUUCAUACCGGAGAAAAACCCUAUAAAUGUAAUCAAUGCGGUAAAGCCUAUUCACAAUCAAGUGACCUCCAAGUACAUAAAAGAACACAUACUAGAGUGUAACCCUAUGAAUGUACCCAAUGUGGU